UAAUUAUUAGAUUUCUUGUAGCCGCUGUUCGUCACGACCGCGAACCGUUGCACCGUCAGCGUUCUCGUGUGUCUUGUUAGUUUAGUUUGUAUUGGACUAGUGUCCAUCAGGGCAAUGCCAUUGCUACUCCGAUAGGGUCAGCGCCGUGGGAUAAGCAGACGGGAAGUCAGGGUCGACCUCAUUGAUCAUUGUGAAGUAACAGCUGGCUGCAUCUUGCCUUGGACGCGCAGUAACAGUUGGCUGCAUCUUGCCUUGGACGCGCACACGGGAGAGAAAGACAUCCAGUGUCGCUGAUUAUAAACUCUUUCACUCUGAAGUUUCCCGGGAAGAGCUAGAGAAUGGCUCAACGCGAUCUGUUUGGCAAGCUUGUGGGAACUUGCGAUCAGCUGAUCUGAGCCCUGGAAAGACCACAUCAGAGGCAUCUAACCCAGUGCAUGAUCGACAUGACUGACCCAGUGAGACCUUCAGGGGAGGCCAGCUGCGGCCCCAACCCCAGCGCUCUUGCGGACUACAAUCACCAACAACUCGCUGCGCUGUGCAUCCAGAAUGCCUGGAGAGCGUACACGUACAGGCGGACGUUCGAGGUCUAUCGUAGAAUACUGUCGCACCGCGCGGCCGGUGAUCCAGCGAGGAUGCUGCGUACCAUCAACCCGAGAGAGGCGCAGCUCUUCGACAAAGCAGCUGGUGUCCACGUGAAGUUCCGUCUUGGCGGGGACACGUUUCCUCCGGCGAUCUACUACCGCAUUUACACGCACCGUCCAGUCGAGGACAUGUGUGCCAACAGUCCUAAGGACUACACCAAGUACGCAGGCAAGCAGCGCACGGCCAGGGAGCAGAAUCUCAAGCUGCCAAGCGGCGCGGCAAACGGUGGUCGCCCUGGCAGAACAAGGCCAGAUUGGCAAGACAAGGAAGGCUGGUAUCAGCGGUGGGAGAACAACGGCUGGAGGCUGGUAGCGGAUACGCCUUCCUUCAUGUCCGUAGCGGAUCCUGUCACGGCGAGCAGCAAUGCAAAGCGCAUCAUCAUACACCACGAUAAGGCUAAGAGAAGAGAGGAGGCACUGCGGCAGCGAAAAAAGAAGAAAAUCGAGUGGAUGGUCAAACUUUACCAGGAUGGAUUUGUGAAGAGAAAUGAAUGUCCAGAUGUAGCCAGCAAUCAAACUAGUGACGAUGGUGAUGGCCCUGCAGUGCCAGCAGAGAGUGAUGAGGAGUUCCUUGCCAAACUACAGCAACGUGUACUGGACAGAGGCAGUGACAGUGACAGUGACGCUGAGGACCUGCUUGUCUGGAGCGCUGGACUGGAUUUUGACGAAUAUCUAUCAGACUGGCAAUCUAUCGGCACCUCAGCACCUUCGGAUCUUCAGCGUGAGAAGGAGGUUGGUCGCCUAAGCUCGCUUCUCAUGGACAAGUGACCAGCAUGAGAAAGAAACACAACAGUUAAGCAAUAUGUUUACAAACACGCCGCAGCAUCAAGUCUUACGUGGCGUUCCUCAGCUGUCACAGUGUGUGAGUAAGCACACGCCGGGCCUUUAGACACUUGGAACAAGCCGGGGUCGGCCCUUGAGAGGGCAUGCACCCCCUUCUCCAACUCAUGUCAGCUGUUGGGCUUCUCUCCUGUCACGCAACGCUAUCGGGAAAUGAUACUGGAGCCAGACGGCAUCAUCCAGAGUGUACAUGAUAUAUACACCAAUUGCGAAAUCAUCGGAUAGGAGAGUAGCACCCAUGCGGAAAUUGAGAAUAUAGCUUACCUGCUUUCCCCUGCACUGCCAGGAGACCCUGUCUUUACUUGACUUUGAUUGAUAAGUCGUUGAUGCACUGUACUAUGAUCAGCAGCCAUAUGUAGAAAGCUGCGUAGAGAAUCAUGUGGCUCCUAUCUGCAUCAAAGCCUCAGCUGUGAGGCGAGUGUGCACUUCAGCUUUUAGGUUAAAGCACGGUAUAAACAGUCAAGCAUCACGCACAGCCUCUUGUUGCUUGAUGUACUAUUAUAAAAUACUACCAGGAAGUCACAGUUAAAUUGGACCAGUUAUCAAUCGAAAAAUAAUAGGAUCUGUGCCGCCAGAUAUGGCUCUCACAGAGGAGCCUGCUACCAGUCCAUUGACAUUCAACGUGUAUGUGACUUGAUGCUACCAUGCCGGAUAUUGCCGUGACUAUCUACACCAGUACAUGUGUAUGUGUAUGUGCAUAGCUGGACUGAUAACCCAGGGUACUAUCAUCAUUGAGAACAUUGAGUCAUACAGAGCCCAGGCAGACGUUUUCUUUUGUCAGUGUACAUAAGAGGUCCAGCAA